CUGCUCGAUCGUACUACGCGAUUGGAGGGCUCGGGAAGAGGAGCAUCCGCUCCGCGUUCAAUUCCCGGAGGUUUCAACUCUAGGGGUCGCUGUUUAAUGACGUGUGCGUUCUGUGUGGAGUUUUCGACGCUCGACAUACAUGUCCUUCGGUGAACACACCAUCUAUGGUAUCCGUGCGUACGACCCUCUCACCUCGGCUUCCGGAAAGGCGAGGAGUAGCGCUGCUUGUUUACGGAUCGCUCGCUCUUCAUCAGCGAUGGCCUCGAUGUUUUCUUGCUGCCUGGGAUGCUGUGGGGAAGGAUCAUCGGGGCACAUCCCUAUGAAGGAGAUGCCCUCGGUCCAGUUGGAUACCCACCAUAUGGGUACCGAUGUGGUCAUCGUUAAGAGUGGGAGAAGGAUAUGUGGAACUGGCGGUUGCCUUGCCAAUGCUCCGCUUCACCAGAACAAGAGUUAUUUUGAAUUCAAGGUUCAGUCUACAGGUGUGUGGGGAAUUGGUGUGGCUACCCAGAAGGCCAACCUGAAUCAAAUACCGUUGGGGAGGGAUAUUCACAGCCUGGUGUUGAGACACGAUGGGUCAGUCUUCCACAACAACGAAGAAAAGAACAGGCUCCCUGCCAACAGUCUUCCACAGGAAGGCGAUAUCGUGGGUGUCACAUAUGACCAUGUAGAGCUGAAUUUAUAUUUAAAUGGAAAAAAUAUGCACUGCCCAGCCUCAGGAAUUCGUGGGACGGUUUACCCAGUGGUUUACGUGGACGACAGCGCUAUAAUUGACUGCCAGUUCAGUGACUUCUACCACACUCCCCCUCAAGGUUUUGAAAAGAUCUUAUUUGAGCAGCAGAUCUUCUGAGCUGUGGGCCCUGUCUCCAUGUGAACCUGCAGCCAGUCUACCCUGUUGCUUUUCCCCGUCUGAGCUGGACCUGCAGAUUUCUAUGACCCACAAGUUCUUGCCCAGUCUGGCUUGAGUGUCCCUCUGUGAGUGUUGUAUAUUCAGGCUGUUCCACGUCCCCUUGUCAGGCGAAAGUAUCGCUUUCUGAUAUUACACUUGCCUCUGAUUGCCUCAUGUAUUUGCUGCUGCAGUUGCUGUUGUUGCUUUAUUUUAAAGAAUAACUAACAGUUGUUAGCACAAGUCCUCAAGAGCUGAAGGCUUCGUUUCUGCUGGCUGCAAUUGUACACACUUUCACUGUCAAAAGGCCAUUAUUUAAGUUUAUUUUGUGGAUAUACAAUGACGUUAACAUUACAAAAUCGUGAUAGUGGCAGUCAGGGGGUCCUCCCUAAGAGGAAAUGCUGCAUCCAUAAUGUGUUUUCUUUUCUUUUUUUUGCCUACCAGUGUGUGUGUGCCCACAUGUGGAGUUGUGUUGCCCACAUGUGGAGUUGUGUUGCCCACAUGUGGAGUUGUGUUGCCCACAUGUGGAGUUGUGUUGCCCACAUGUGGAGUUGUGUUGCCCAUCACGGUCAUGUUCCUUUCCAGGCCUCUGCUCACCAUGGGGAAACAGGCAAGUGGUUUAAAAGCCAUGAUUUUCAUGUACUUCUUACAGAUGUAUACAUCAGGCUGGUUUCUGUUAGUAGUAUUUUGCUUAAUGUGAGCUUUAUCUGUUUGAAAAUAUUUAAUCUCCUGGAGGAUUGGCAUAAACAUGCCUAUUCUAAUGUCUGGCAAUUUAAUAGUACUUCUUAAAAUAUUUUAUAUAUGUAAUUGUAAUGAUUGCAGACAGUUUUACUUCAGAGGUUUAAAUUUUAUUUAAAAUGCUUUUUUUAAAAACUUGGUAUCACAUUGGAAGAACCCAGCUAAAUGAAUGAGUUUGGUUUGUUUACAGAUUCAGGGAGCAUUCAAAAAAUUAUUAAAAACAGUUAUUUAAAUAUUAAGUUUUUGCACUGAAGGGAUCUGAGUGUUCAAGUGUUGAAAACCAAAUCUUUGUGAUUCUGCACUAAUAAACUUUUUUUUCCCUCCCCAA